UGGCGGGAAGGGUUCAACGGCUCGAGUCGAAGCCUUGGUGUUUGCUCAAGCCCCCCAAACUAUAUCCCAGUCCGGAUUCUGCCAAAUAUGUUGAUACCACCCAGAAUAAAUUUGUUGCCCACCAAAUGAGAACAUCUGCUCCUGGUGGUGCAUUUGCUGUUGCUGCAUGUUGGAUCGCCCUCGACAUUUUCCAGAAGCAAGAACAAUACUGACCAGUGUUUCUAAUCCCUUUUACCAUAUCCCCAUUUGCUGGAACUGGCUGUGCAGCGAUCCACAGAAAUUAAUCGCCUUCGUCUUUUCGUCAUCCUGCUUGACGUGUUGGACCUUAGGCCCUUCGCUUCGUUGCGUCGAAGCCAAGCCCGCCCUCCAAAUACAUACAAUUCAAGCCGCAACAUUUUCCCAAAUCGCACGAUAUCGACGACCACCACAGACUUCCUCUUCUUGUGAGCAGAGGACUUUCAUCCUGACUGGACAUACCCCUCCUGUAACUCUAGGAAUGCUGCAGGUAAGCUCGUCCGCCUUUCCAGUUGAUAAGCCUUCGGUGUACCCCCACGGUAUGAAGUAAUUCACGCGUCUCGACAACCACAUCUUGCGGGCUUGAAGCAGCAGAUGCCUGUGCUAGUGAUCAGGGGCGAAAGAAGAGUACAAUCGUUCCACUGCGUCAAGUGAAUCUUCCACCCGUCAACACCUGUAAACUUCAUGUUUGCACACAGUCAAGAUCAGCCAACUUUGCCUCACUGUCCUGUCUC